AUGCUGGCCUUGUGCGGCGCACUGCAGGCGCGUGAUGCUCGGCACCGCGAAGAGCUCGCAGCAGCCGCCGCGCAGCGCGAAGCCGCGCGGCGGCAGGCGUUUGAGCGCGAGGGCGCGCUGCGAGGCGAGGCCGCGCGCGCGGGCGGCGAGGCGGCGCGCGAGCGCGCGCGGGCGGAAGCGCUGGAGCAGCAGCUAGCAGAAGGCCGGGCGGAGGCCGAGCGUGGCGCACGUGAGGCGGCCGCGCAAGCAGAGGUGCUGCAAAGAGCCCUGCUGCUGGCGCAGUCCGAGGCGGCAGCCACGGCGGCCGAGGCGGGGCAGCAGCGUGCCGAGGAGCUUUCGGCGUGGCAGACGGCGGAGGCAUCCCUCAAGGCCCAGCUGCAGCUGGCGGAGGCCACUGCCGCUGCGCUCCAGUCCGAGAAGAGCGAUGCGCUGCAGCAGCUGGCUGCCGACACCGCCGCCUUUGCAGCAGAGCGCGACGCCCUGCGCGCCGCGGCGGCCGCCGACGCGCGCGCGGCGGAGGCGGCGGCGGCGCGGCAGGCGGCGGAGUUGGAGGGCCUGAGGAGGGAAGCUGCGGUGGAGCAGGAGGGCAGAGUCGCGGGGGCGGCGCACGCGGCGGCGGCCGAGGCGCGCGCACGGGAGCUGGAGGGGCGGCUCAAUGCGGAGCGGGCGGCACGCGAGGCGGUAGAGGACGGGCUGCGGCGGGCGACGGCGGGGCUGGAGGCGAGCGGCAGUGACUUGCAGACGUGA